CCAGCCUCCUGCGAUAAGGAUAGGCCGGUCGGAGAGAUUUAGUCGCCUGCGAUUGGAUUAGACCACAAGUCAAUCACGUAGCCGGUAGCAACCACGUAACGCUGAAGAAUCCAACGUAAAUAUAGCAAAUGAAUAACACGAACACCCUCCAUUCCUAUCUGGUGGCAGAAGAUGACAGUUUUAAAGUAGAGGUCUAUGGAAACCACUGAAUAAAAAGACUCAUACAGAGGAAGAGGAUGAGCACGAGGAUGAAGGACGACGGUCGUUCGAGAGCCAUGGCCAGAGUUAAAAACAAAAGGAUGGAGAAGUCCAAGCUGGAGUCUGAGAGGGACUCGGGCUUCUCAGACGGUGGCUCUGAGCAUUUGAGUGUGGACAGAGACGACGCGUCGAGCUCCAGAUCACAGCUGACCCUGCAGAGCCUCUCACCCGUGAUCUUCAUGAACAAUGUGCUGCUAAAGCAGUCUGGUGAAACCCCUUCUUCUCUGAAGCCCUGGGCGUUCAGUCCGGCGGUGGUUCCUCAGUCUCAGGUGGUCUUCCUUCAACCCGUCGUCCCACAGAGAUCCGGCCCGGUGCCCAAGGGACCCCCGUCCAAACGCCGCAGACACAGAAAGUACCUCCCUAUCCUUAAAUCCUACCCCAAAAUCGCUCCUCAUCCCGGAGACGCGGGCCCUAAGAUCAGCAGCAGCAGCGGUUCCCCUCGCGGUCAGAAAGACUCGUUACCCAGCGCUCUUCCAGCAUCUGAACCCACAGACGGCUCCCCGCAGACGCUGGACACCGAUGCACACUCUCUUAACACGGACAGCAAGAUCAAGCGCUUCUGCAACACGUACAACAUCCUCAGCAAGUCAGGCCUGCUGGACAUCACGCUGCGCACGAAAGAGCUGAUCCGGCAGAACCGGCGGACGCAGACGGAGCUGGAUCUCCUGCGAGAACACACCGACCUGUUCAUGCAAGCGCUGCAGACCGGAGACUCGGUCAUCUGGAGCCGGCUGCUGACCAGCACACAAGAGCAGGACCACGAGAAACACAGGACUGUCCAGCUGAAGUGAGCCGAA